AAUUGUUCUGUCGAGUGAGUUGGGCCUUUACAAUAUACUUACCUUCUACAAGUGUGCUUUGAAUUGACUUGAUGCCUUUCAUCAAAUUUUAUCCACAGAUAUGUCUCACUUUACAGAAGGAAAUACAAAUGUAGCAGAGGAAAUCGCGUUUAGUUGGGGCCGUAAGGAGAGACUUGGUGGAAAGAAGCUCGAUAGACAAUAUUAUGGAUCAUUUACUUACGAUGGUGUGGAGUACUUCCUUUAUGAUUCUGUGUAUUUGUGGUGUGAGGGUCAACAAGAGCCACAUAUUGGUAAACUUGUUGAGAUAUAUGAGACACACCACCUUGAUAAGAAGGUGAAGGUUGUGUGGUAUUUUCGUCCCAGUGAGGUACAACAGUGGUUAAGAGGCACUCGUGCACUCAGCAAUGAGUUAUUCUUGGGUUCGGGUGUAGGCCAAGGUCUCUUUAAUAUUAAUGCUCUGGAAACAAUUUCGGGGAAAUGCAAUGUUGUCUGCAAAUCGAAGGACAAGAGGAAUCCUCAAGCAUCUAUCGAAGAAUUAAAAAUGUCCGAUUUUAUAUUUUAUCGCACAUUUGAUGUUGGAAACUGCAUAUUAUCAGAAAGAUUUCCGGAUAAGAUAGCUGGAGUAGAAGUUGGACACUUUUUUAAUCAGAGAAAAUAUAUGGAAACUGGUACUCCUCCCAAACCCAAGGGGAACUCCAAAGUCGCAGGAAUAUCAAAUUCCUCAUCCCAGUUUGAAACAUAUAACGAUUCUGCUGUAGCAAAAGAACACUUUGAGAGAGACAACUUUACAAACAAGAAAGGUUUUAGGUACCCUGCUGCAACUGUCAGUAGGCCGGCAUGCUCCUCCUCCAGUGCAUCUGAUUCUUACCACUUGAAGAAAAGGAAGCUUCAAGACUUAGAAGUCGAUGAAGGAAAGAUCAUCGAAGCUGAUAGCCUAUCUAUAAAGCCCAAGAAAAGAUCAAAACUGGAUUCAAGCGAAUGGUUCAAGAAACAACCUUGGGAGGAAAGGAUGAAGAAAGCUCAGGAAACAGGCUCCCUUGUAUUGCUAGAGAAUUUGGAUCCAUCCCUUACAUCUAUAGAAGUAGAGGAUAUUGUUUUGUAUGCUUUCAAUAAAAAGGCAAGUGCGAAGAUGAUACAGUGCAAUGCGUUUUCAAGCCCACACAAUGGACAAGCUCUUGUCAUUUUCAAAUCAAAAGAUGAGGCAGACUUUGCUAUUUCUAUGUUAAAAACCAGAUGCCUAAUGAUCGGAGAUGUAAGAUCUGUUGUUGGAAGUAGACCAUCACUGAAGAACCCUGCUCAUCCAUCCAAGUACUUUGGUCAUAUCACAAUCAACAAUUUGAAACAAAUGCAGCAGGCAGGGAUGAGACAUGCAGUUUCAACAUCUCAUUAUUCACAACCCAAUACUAUUGCAUUUGAGAUGGCAAUGGAGUGGUGUGCACUAGACAUGAAGUUCAAACUAUGUUGGGAUGCAUUAUACCAGCUACAAGCAAAAGAAAUUGGUAACAUUAAAACACACCUCAAGGCCCUUCUUUCAGAAAGAGAAUUUUGCAGCUGAAGAUGGUACAUAACCCAGAAAUUUAGGUUGUAUAGGAGGGUUCCCUUUUCUUGGAAGUGAAUUGAAUCAAGGCCCUAUGUUUUUGACAAAAGUUUUGUACACUUUGAUGUACAUAUUUCCAACUUGAAAAAUGUGUUUGC